AUUUGGUUCUGUUUUGCAUCAAUGAAGAAAGUCGCAAUCCUUCUACUGCUUUUUCAUUCAUACCUUGUUGCUUUAGUCCAUAGUUAUGGAGGAAUUGGAUUUGACCCUCUCGUGAAAAUUUUAGUAAAACAAUCUUCGAAACAGCAGGAAGUCAAUUAUGUUACUGAGAGCACGGCCACAGAGUAUUCACCGGUGUAUGUAGGCCCUCAAGAUGGACUGAAAGCUGCAGACAAGAUUUUAUCUUUGCCGGGGCAGCCUAAUGGAAUUAACUUUGAUCAGUACUCUGGCUAUGUUAGGGUUGAUCCCAACGCUGGCAGAGCACUCUUCUACUAUUUUGCGGAGUCUCAGAACUCUUCUAGCAAGCCUCUUGUGCUGUGGUUAAAUGGAGGACCUGGCUGCUCUUCUUUUGGCAAUGGAGCAAUGAUGGAGCUCGGACCAUUUCGAGUCAACAGCGAUGGAUUAACUCUAUCAGAAAACAAAUAUGCAUGGAACAAUGCGGCGAAUAUACUUUUCCUUGAGUCACCGGCCGGUGUGGGAUUUUCUUACUCAAAUACUACAUCAGAUUAUGACAAAAGCGGCGAUGCUAGAACUGCAGCUGAUUCCUAUACCUUUCUAGUCAACUGGUUGGAAAGGUUUCCAGAGUACAAAACCAGAGACUUCUUCAUAACCGGAGAGAGCUAUGCCGGGCAUUAUGUACCCCAACUUGCUCAAUUAAUCCUUCAAAAUAACAAAGUCACCAACCAAACUGUCAUUAACUUGCAAGGAAUUGCUAUUGGAAAUGCAUAUGUUGACUACGAAACAGAAUACACGGGGGUGUCCGACUUUUUCUGGACACAUGCUCUGAUAUCUGAUGAAAUUUACGAGGGAAUUGUGGCAAACUGUAAUUUUUCGUCGGAUGCAAACAUAUCGUUAACAUGCCAAGACUACCUUGCUCAAGCAGGCGCUGCUGGAGGCAACAUCUACCCCUACAACAUCUACGCUCCCUUAUGCCUUCCAUCAUCUUCAAACGCUCCCCCGGUAUCGAUAUUUGAUCCAUGCACGGAAAAUUAUAUCGCAGUAUACUUGAACAUUCCUCAAGUGCAAAAGUCCCUUCAUGCAAAUGUCACUGGUCUUCUUCCAGGGCCAUGGCAAUCUUGCAAUGACUAUAUCGGUAGCGUUUGGAAUGACCAGCCAUUAACAGUGUUACCCAUCAUUCAGGAGCUGAUGGCUAGUGGUAUUAGUGUUUGGAUUUAUAGCGGAGAUACUGAUAGUGUAGUGCCAGUGACAACAACUAAAUAUGGUAUAGAUAAACUCCAAACAUCAGUUAAGACAAAAUGGUACCCUUGGUACCUUCAAGGAGAGGUUGGUGGAUACGUAGUUGGAUAUGAGAACUUGACAUUUGUGACAAUAAGGGGAGCUGGCCAUUUUGUUCCAAGUUAUCAACCAGCUCGAGCACUUGCCUUCUUCUCAUCCUUCUUGGAUGGAAUACUUCCACCCACAAAUUAAAGCAUAGCAAGAUUGACAAAUAAAUUAGUGAUUAAAGAUUGAAAGGGAACUAGAAUUGGAAUAGUAUGGCUUAAUCCAAUGGUGAAGUUUGUCGUUAGUAAUUUUGGUGGUGCGAGUUUGAGUUACGAAAAUUACUUCUUCAAAAAUAGAAAUAAGACUGCAUACAUCUUAUUCUCUUUAAAUCCCUCACUUUUGCAAGAGACUAGCGUAUUAGAUUGUCUUCUCUUUCUUUAUUUUUUUCACAUUGCAAAUUGUAACAAGGCAAGAACCUUAAUGGUUAAUCAAGAAAUGUGUUUAAAUUUGAAUGCCUACCAUUUAUGUAUUAUUUGCAGCCAUUUCAAGUAACAAA